CUGAUGCUCAAUGCCCUCAUCACCACCUGCAACGAGCCCUCGAAGGCCAAAAGCAUGUGGAUCCUGCAGGAAAGCCUCCUGGAGCUACUGCAGGACCUAGAUGACGAGGUGGUCGAAACGAACCUCUCCUUGCUCAAAAUGAUGCUCCAGGCUGCCAACAGCCCAGUUUGCAGCACCCUCGUUCUGGAGCUGACUGGGAGGCUCCAGCCACUCUUUCACCACACCACCAGCAGUGUGCAGCUGCUCUCCCUUGAGCUCUUCCAACGUCUGAUGCAGUCUGUCAACAAAAAGGAAAGACAGCCGAUGAAGACACGGGUGUAUGAGAACGUGAUCGAACUGCUCUGCCUCCUGCAUGCCGAGAGCCCGGAGGUGGCAGAGGCCUCUCGGGUAACCCUGCUUGGAGCUGCCGCCUUCCUGAAGAAGAGGAGGCUCAGAAAGCUCCUGGAGAAGAGGAAGACAUUGGAAGUGGGCAAGUACCUGCUGUCAGGGUGCGGCAGCAGAGCCGCGCACUAUGUGCAGCAGGCAGCGCGGUGCCUUUGGAGCCAUCAGCAGCCCAUACGAGAGGCGGCCGUCAGGUUCCUGGGGCUCGCCGGGCAGCACCUGAGGGGGCAUCAGGAAUUGCUGCAGCCCAUCCAUGAGGCCCUUGAAAACCUGCCAGAAGACACCAUCUCGUCAGUAGCAAACCUGGCAGCUCAAACGCAGUGCACCCUGAGAGAUGCAGAGAGAGCAGCUCCCUCCAGACUCAGCCUGCGAGAGUGGCUCCGCAGGGCCUGGAGCAGACGGCCUUCUCUCUGGGCCCGUCGCUGACCGGGCAGCUGCAGCUCUGAGCGGGGCCCAUGCCAGGGGCUAUUCCAUGAGCUCCUCCCUGUGCUCCAUGGCAAACCUUGGACCUACCAGCAGUUUUCUUUUGCAUCGUUGCUCAGUAGUUUAGACACCGAGUUUAGCACUUGGGUUUCUUCCAGUUUGUGUACGUUUGAUUUUCUGGCUUUCUUCACCCUGUGAGAACCAUUUUCUACAGCUGGAAACUCUUUGUUACCCUUCGUGUCAACAAAACUGGAUUUGUUCCGUGUUGUUUGAGGGACGCAAAGUGCUUUGGUAAAAACAAUAAAGCUCCGUCAUC